AUGAGCGAUACAACUGCCUCAAAGCGCAAGCGGGCUCGACUAGCCUGUGAACCUUGUCGAGAGCGAAAAAGGAAAUGUAAUGGCGAAUCUCCCUGCUCGACGUGCACCAGCUGGGGCUAUGAGUGUCACUAUCAGGCUCCGCGACGCGUGAGAGGCAAACCCGCCGACCGGGGAAGCAGCAUCCACGACCAGAAUGAACCCAUCCUCGAAUCGAGUCCCCGACAGGUGGGCCGCUUCACGGAGACCCUCGAGGCCAAUUCGGGAGCGGCCUUUGUGAGAAAAAUAGGCCUCAAGGUUGACCCAGCCAACGCACCCAAAUUGAACCUCUUUGGCUGGAAUGUGGGUAGGCGCAAGUCCCCCACCGGACUCGCCCCGGUCGCGGCCUUUCCUAUUGUCGAGAUCCUCUCGUUGAUGCAGAUGAGAACUCUGGCCAAUGUCUAUUUUGCCAAGAUAGAUCCCUGCUAUGGAUUUAUUGAUUCGAAUGAUUUCUUCCGCCGCAUGGACAGCCGCUGGCAGCCCAACGCGGUGGCGAGUACAUAUGACGGCGUUCUGGCUGGGGUCGCCGCUCUGGGAUGCCUCUUCUCAGGGACCAACAUCAACAUCACCGAGUCUCACCUGGUCGAACUGGCGCGCUCGAUCUCCGAGACUCAUAUCGGCAGUGUCCGUCCCUCACUACACCUGGUGACUAUAUGGACCCUGCGUGUGGUUUACCUGCGCAUGACUGCCCCGCCGUAUCCAUCCUGGGUGGCAAGCUCGACCUUGAUGCAUUUGAUUGAAGCUUCCAAGCUUCAUCAGUUGUCGGCCAAUGACGACCGUGAUAUCGAUACCCGACGGAGACUCAUUGGUGUCGCUCAACAUUUGAAUCUCUGGAUCUCCUAUGAUCUGGGCCUUUCCCGAGUUCCACUGGGUGACACGCUCGGACUGCCAUCAGCGCGACCUGGCGAUGUCACCACAGAGCUCCUCGGUCUUCUACCUGUAACCGCCAGCCUGGGUCCGGAGAACCAACGUCCGGAUCAAGAAAUUGAAGAGCUACUAUAUCAGACGUUGGACCGCACUCACACCAAGCCACCCUCUCUUCUUUGCCAAUGCAAUCUGGUCCUUUGUCUUCUCCGUCGCCUCCGGUUGACUAACCUCACGGCAUCGCCGACCACAAUGACCAAAGUCCUCGAUCUACUCAGACGCAGUCUAAGCGCAGCACGUGAAAUGGUGGCCGAGUGCUCUCCAUGGCACCAUGUGCCCAAUGUGCCGUUUCAGAUGAUCAGUAUCAUUCUCGAGAUGGACACCAGCCCCGCACUCGAGCUACUGCCGGAAGCCAUGCAGACGUUGAGAGUGGUGGCCUCUACCUAUGACACGGAGACCAUGAGAGAAGCGUACAAUACAGCGUGUUUGCUGAUCCUUCUUUAUGAACGGCGUAGACGCGUGGACACUAGACUGUUGAGUACAGUACUGCAAGAAUAUCAGCAGUCACCUGCCACAGAGUCGCCUCUUCAACAAAUGCCAACCUCUGAUGAGGUUUCCUGGCUAGAAGGGCUGGUGGCUGAUGUACCGACCUUGCAGGGUCUGGACUUCAGCCAGUUUUUGCAGCCGGACAUGCUUCGAAUGUCUCCCGAUGCUUCUGCCUGGGGAAACAAGUCUGGAUGA